UUACAUUUUUACAUAAAAAUGGCCUUUUCCUCGCCAACUCUACACAAAAGAUUCAAAUUCACUGAGCGUGAAGAAGAAGACUCCACUACUGAGCCUCAGCAAGAAUUUGGAGGACUCAGAUGCCCAAUAGAAGAAGUCAUCACAGUAUCUUAUGUGAGGGAGAAAGCUGAGCUGCAGGAGAUAGAAGCACUUGUAGAGUAUGCAGUGAUUAAGAACGCAAAGAAUUUGAUUGAUGUAGAAAUUUUGAAAGGGAUAAAAAAUCCAAGAGUCAGACUUUAUUUUACACCACAGAGGUUAAGGGUUUACUGAGCUUAUACGUAUGAGAGGAGAGCUGAGUGUUAUGAUGAGCCUGAUAAGAUCCUUGAGAGUCAUUUUAGUCAGAAAAAUUCUGAUACACAAGGACCGUUCUUUACACAAGAUUUUGAACAAUUUAAGCAAUGGGUCAUUGAGGAACUUCAACCUCUGACAAUUCCACAAAAACUUGUAGCAAAUUUCACUUUCGAGACAGGAGAGGAAUUUGAAGUUAUAAAAUUUCAUCAGAAAGAGCCUACUUUUUGGAGGGACUUUCAUUUGCCUUACCAAUACUAUCUCUUCAUCGAUAUAGAAAACACUCUAAUUAUAGAAGACUCACCCUACUGGAAGCUCUACUGCUUAUUCGAGGUCAAGGAAGAUAGCAAGGUUCUCAUAGGAUUCACUACAAUUUCCAAGUCUUACCACAAUUUGCACAAAUUUCGUGCAAGGAUUAGUCAAUUUAUUAUCUUACCAGACUACCAAAAGAAAGGAUUAGGCUAUCAGCUCUUCGACAUAAUCUAUAGCAGAUUUAUGGCUAACCCAGAAUGCUUUGAGAUUACUCUAGAAUCUCCAACUUUUGUCAUGAGUAAGAUCUACAACCAAUGUGUACUGAAAACCCUCUUGAAGCAAGGGCAGCUAUCAAAGCUAAUGAAUUCCGACCAUGAAUUUAUACAAGUUGAUGACACCAAUUUGCUAACAGUUUUCCAAAGAAGCAAUGAAGAAAUGCAAGCAAUGGGAACUGCUGUUAAAUGCGAACUUGUCUGCUGCUGCAGAAUUUAUGAGUUCUUGAUCUACAAUCUAAUUGCCGAAGAUGACAAAUAACACUAAAGAAAAGUUGAAGGAGUAUGUGAAAAAGAGACUAUUUAUUGAGUUCCAUCAAGAUUUUAUGCCAAAUCAAAGAUUUAAAAGAUUAAGAGAGAGUGAAAAUCGUAUCAAAGCUCCUUACUGAGUCUGCUAUGAGCAAGAUGGUGAAGAAGCAGUGAUAAACCCCAGUCAAGAUAUAAAGGAGAUAAAUAUUGAUUAUGGUAUUGUCUAUUCCAAGCUUGAGAUCUUUUAUGGAGUGUUCUUGGAUCAAGCAAAGGAUCUGGCUGGAAUUAAGCAAAAGUUAUUAAGCUAGACAUUCAACAUUUCAGUGAAUAA